AUGACAGAUCCAAAGUCAGUCGCCAUUAUUGGAGCGGGCAUAUUUGGUCUUUCACUGGCGAUUGCUCUGCGAGAUCGAAACUAUGAAGUGACUGUCUUUGAUCGAAGCCAAUACGAUGCAAAUGGAUAUGACCCCACAGCCGAGGAUGUACAAGCUGCAUCCGCCGAUCAUAACAAGAUCUUCCGCGCGUCCUAUGGAAAAGAGAUCCACUACCAACGUCUCGCCCUGGAAAGCCGAAGAGCGUGGGUUCUUGAGGACGAGAAGCGUGAACUAACGGAACAAGACGACAGUGGAAACAUACAACUUUUUGUUAACAGCGGAAUGCUCCGUAUACAGCCUUCCGACCACUUGGCCACACUAGAAAAGGAGACGUUAGCCAAUAUGCAGCGUGAUGGUCUACGAGACACGCAGUUCGUUAAGAGUGACCCCGCAGACUGCGAACGGGCCGAUAAGCUGGGCUGGAAAGACAAGAUACUCAAUUUCCACAUCCCAGACUCUGCUGAAAGCACAUAUGAAGCAGUCCUUGACUCUCUGGCCGGAUUUGUGAGGUGCAGCAAUGCCUGCGCCCAUUACCAAAGAUUGGCUGCCGACAAGGGGGUGAAAUUUUGUUUCGGGCCAAAGGGGGCUGUUGAUCACUUGGUCAAAGUGAAGAGCAAUCUCGAGCCAGGCAAAGAUAAAGCUACCGGGUUGAAGACGAAGGAUGGUAUCAUUCAUGAUGCGGAUGUCGUUGUUGUGGCUGCCGGAUCGUUUUCAACGCAGAUCCUUCCUGAAUUGAGCUACCACCUAGAGUCCUCAGCUGGUAGCCUUGCUACUUUUAAGAUAGACAAGAGCAACACUGAGCUAUGGAACAAGUAUUCACCAGAACGCUUCCCCGUCAUGACCUGGAAGAGCACACCCCGAGACAUUUCUGGAAAUGACACAGGAAGUAUCUAUGUUCUACCAAGGACCCCGGAAGGCAUUGUCAAGAUUGGCUACCGUGGAAUCAAGUGGACCAAUUUCCAGCCAGCGCCGCAAGAUACUCCGUUCACCCAAGACGGUCAAUGGUCAGUGCCUCUUCCAGUAGAUGAGUGUUCAAUACUCCCAGAGCCAGCCUUGUAUGCCAUCAAGCAGUUUGUAUCUGUCUUCCUGCCUGAGUUUGAGAAUACACCUUUUUUCUCUACAAAGCUUUGUUGGUACACUGACUCGCUAGAUAAUUCAUUUUUGGUCGACCAUGUUCCAACUUACGCAGAGAAAUCCGUAUUUGUUUGCACCGGUGGUAGUGGCCAUGGUGCAAAGUUCCUACCGCAUGCCGCGGAUAUAUUUGAGAAUGGGGAUCAAAGCACAUCUUUCAUGCGCCCAUUCUGGCACUGGCGCCCCGGCACACCUAGGAGAAACGGAUUGGAAGAGGGUCCCGGCGGACCACGAGAUAUUUCGCUCAACAAAUAA